AUGAGCGGUGCGGGAAACACAGGUGCUGGACCAUCAAACCAAAACAAUGCGGAUACCGAAGGAGCAUCAAGAUUAAGAAAAAAUCCUCUACCAUGCAUAGAGUUGAUGCAUAAGGUGUACGGUCCUCAUUGUGCUGUGAAUGACAAUAUGGUUUCAGCAAGUCAAAUAGAUGAAAUUGUGAAAGUGACGAUGACGAAGAAGAACAAGAGUUUGCAGAAGAAGGUGAUAACAAUGAAGAAGACGAUAUUUAUGGUAUACCAGAAUCAGGACCACAUCAAUCGAUGGGAAAUCAGCCAUCAGUGCCGAUUGAGAUACCUACACAUAACCGACGAUCUAGGCAACAUGGUAACAGAGGUGGUAGAACUAAUAGUAGGGGACGAAACCAAUCUAGCCGCCAGACAACACAAACCCCGCGAAGAAGAGCUGUUAUGGACACACACCUAA